AUGUCGCUGUCGGAGCUGGAGUGCUUCCUGAGGCCGGACGUGCGCUUCCUCACCCUGAGCGGCCACGUGGGCUUCGACAGCCUCCCCGAGCAGCUGGUCAACAAGCGGCUGGCCCGGGGCUUCGGCUUCAACAUCCUGUGCGUGGGGGAGACGGGCAUUGGCAAGUCCACGCUGAUGAACACGCUCUUCAACACGGUCUUCGAGACGGAGGAGAGCAGCCACUUCGAGGGCUGUGUGCGCCUGCGGCCGCGCACCUACGACCUGCAGGAGUGCGGCGUGCGCCUGCGGCUGACCAUCGUGGACGCCGUGGGCUUCGGGGACCAGGUGGCCAAGGACUACCGGCCCAUCGUGGACUACGUGGACGCGCAGUUCGAGAGCUACCUGCAGGAGGAGCUGAAGCUGCAGCGCUGCCUGCAGGACUAUCGCGACACCCGCGUGCACGCGUGCCUCUACUUCAUCACGCCCACCGGCCACUCCCUCAAGUCCAUGGACCUGGUGACCAUGAAGAAGCUGGACAGCAAGGUGAACCUCAUCCCAGUCAUCGCCAAGGCCGACACCCUCACCCGGAGCGAGCUGCCCAAGUUCAAGAGUAGGAUCAUGAGCGAGCUGGACCAGAAUGGCGUCCGCAUCUACCACUUCCCCACGGACGACGAGGCCGUGGCCGAGACCAACGCCUGCAUGAACGCGCUGCGGCCCUUCGCCGUGGUGGGCGCCACCGACCUGAUCCUGGUGGGCAGCCAGUUGGUGCGCGCUCGCCUUUACCCGUGGGGCGCCGUGCUGGUGGACAACGAGUGCCACUGCGACUUGGCCCCGCUGCGGGAGAUGCUGAUCCGCGUGAACAUGGAGGACCUGCGCGAGCAGACGCACGGCCGCCACUACGAGUUGUACCGGCGCCAGCGGCUGGAGCAACUGGGCCUGCGGGACACCGUGGUGGUGCUGGACUCGCAGCCCGGGGCCGCGGCAGACGAGGCCCGCAGGAGGGAGUUCCUGGGCGAGAUGCGCAGGAAGGAGAAGGAGAUGCGGCAGAUGUUCGCCCUCCGGGCCCGGGAGACGGAGCUGGAGGUGAAGGAGAAGGAGCGGGAGCUCAACGACAGGUUCGAGGAGCUCAAGAGGAUCCUGCAGGAGGAGAGGCGCAAGGUGGAGGAGAAGCGCCGUCAGCUGGAGGAGGACAUCAAUACCUUCAACCGGAGGAGGGCCGCCUUUGAGGCCUUGCAGGCCAUGGAGGCCCAGACCAUGCAGGCCGCCAUCGUGCAGCCCUCCCCGAGGAGAGACAGGGACCGGUCCCGCGACCGGGACCGGGACCAGGACCAAGACAGGAGAAACUGA